CCAUCAAUGCCUCACACCAGCCUCCAUCCCUGUCUCCACAGCCUUCAAUGGCCCACACCAACCUCCAUCCCUGUCUCCACAGCCUUCAAUGGCCCACACCAACCUCCAUUCCUGUCUCCACAGCCUUCAAUGCCUCACACCAGCCUCCAUCCCUGUCUCUACAGCCUUACUCAUACCUACAGCAGCCUCCAUCCCUUUCUCCACAGCCUCACUCAUACCUACAGCAGCCUCCAGCCCUUUCUCCACAGCCUCACUCAUACCUACAGCAGCCUCCAUCCCUGUCUCCACAGCCUCACUCAUACCUACAGCAGCCUCCAUGCCUGUCUCCACAGCCUCACUCAUACCUACAGCAGCCUCCAUGCCUCUCUCCACAGCCUCACUCAUACCUACAGCAGCCUCCAUCCAUGUCUCCGCAGCCUUCAAUGCCUCACACCAGCCUCCAUGUCUGUCUCCACAGCCUCACUCAUACCUACAGCAGCCUCCAUGUCUGUCUCCACAGCCUCACUCAUACCUACAGCAGCCACCAUGCCUGUCUCCACAGCCUCACUCAUACCUACAGCAGCCUCCAUCCAUGUCUCCACAGCCUCCCUCAUACCUACAGCAGCCUUCAAAGCCCCACUCCAGCCUCCCUCCCCCUCAGGGCAGUGAUUAUGGUUUAG